GCCUCACUCCAUUCCGGCCAUGGCCGCCAUCAUCGAGAAAAUCAUGGGCUGGUUGCCUGGCGGCGGAAAUGCCGUGGCAAGUGCUGUCUCCCUCUCUGCUGCCGCUGACUACGACGGCGAGGACCUCAUUAGCGCCCUCCCCGACGACCUCCUCCGCAACAUCGUCUCUCGCCUCCCCGUCAAGGACGCCGCCCGAACCGCCACCCUCGCCUCCCGGUGGCGCCACCUCUGGCGCUCCGACCCGCUCGUCCUCAACGACGUCAAUCUCCCCCCGUCUGCGGUGGCGCGCGUCCUCGCAGACCACCCGGGCCCUUUCCGCGCCAUCCACAUCGCCCGCUGCAGGUUCGCAUCCCACGAGCGUGAGCUCGCAGAGUGGUCGGGCCUCCUCGCCGCCAAGGGCAUCGAGGACCUUGUCCUCGUCAACGACGCCGACGUCGCCGAGCUCCCCACCACCGACAGUGUGCGCCUCCCCACGGACAUCCUCCGCUGCGCCUCACUCCAGCGCCUCUUCCUGGGAUUCUUUACGUUCCCGGACACCGCUGCUCUCUUCCGCAAAGCCAACGUCCUUCCCCGCCUCCAGGAGCUCGGCAUGUUCACUACCACCAUCAGCGGCUGGGACCUGCACUACAGACUCGCUUGCAGCCCGGUUCUGGAGAAGCUCGCGUUCGUAUUCAACUGUACGCCCGAUCUCGUCCACCUCCGCAGCAAAAGCCUCCGGUGCGUGCUCCUCUGGUUUUUCGCGGCAGAUGAGAUCGCGGUGGUGAACACCCCGCUCCUGGAGCAGCUCUUCUUACUCGAAGCGCCUCGCGGAGAUGACGACAGUACUGUGAUGAUCAAGAUUGCUUGUGCGCCCAACCUGCGGGUGCUCGGCUUCUUGGAGCCAAAAGUUCACCGCCUGCAGAUCGGCAACAAUGUCAUCGAGCCUGGCAUAAUGCCGAGCCCGAGCACAGUGCUUCCAAGUGUCAAGAAAUUGGCCUUUAAGGUUAAUUUUGGUGUCUCAAAGGAGGUCAAGAUGCUGGUGGCCUUCCUCAGAUGCUUUCCCAACAUUGACACGCUGCACAUCGAGUCUUUAACUGAACCCACUGGAAGAAACCAUGCCAAGUUCUGGCAGGAGCUCCCUACUGUUGAAUGCAUCAAGUCGCACGUCAAGAAGAUGGUUGUCCAUGAAUAUAGAGGGAAUCGAAGUGAACUUGAAUUCCUUAAGUUCAUUUCCAGUAAAGCGCAAGAGCUACAGACUUUGUAUGUCCUGCUAAACAGAGAGAGUCUUACUUCUCUGGCCAAGGAGACGGAGAUGAGAAGCAAAGUGGCGGCUCUCUCGGAGGUAGCAUGGAGCUGUGAUUGUAAGAUGAUGGUGCUAGACCCUGAAUUUCAGAAUGAUUGGAGCAUCCAGAAAGCAGCUGAUCUCACUGUUGACGACCCUUUUCACUGGUGAAAAUGAG